GAAAAUGUGAUGUAGAUUGUUCUGACAGAACUACUGGAUUCACUUACUGAUGCAUUGAUAAAAGCCCAGAAGAAAAGCUGACUUUACAAGAGUGGUGCUUUUGAUCUUGCUGCUGGCAAGAUACAACCAUGAGAACGUUGAGGUAAGCUGACAACCGGCCAGGUACUUAUUUCAUCAAGACAUCAACUCAUUAAAUGACUACCACAUGUUUCACCUUCAUCAGGAACGAACAAAAGAGGAUUCAUGCGGCACCGAACAUCACACAUAUGUGUGGCAGCUUGGAAUUAAUGGACUCCAAAACUGCAGACGGAAAGAGCCAAAAUCUUGAACGUGCCUUCCAUUAUGAUGCAGCACACUACAAAGUGAGCUAUUCUCAUGGGAGAAACAUAAACGAGGAAGAUACUGACAAAAACGAGGAGUUCGACAAGAAGCGGUAUCCAGUGAGUCGCUGCGGCAACAAACCGGGCAGAGUGAAGCGGGUGGUGUCAUGUAAGAGGAAGACUCAUCAUCUGACUGUGGCUCGGAGGAAGCAGCUCGGGUCUGGGAGGACCUGCGAUGCUGCAAACAAGGAAAACGAGAUGAAAUAUUUGCAGGACACGGAGCAGGAUAUUUUCCAUAUGGACCCCUGGGAGCUCCCACUAAUUUUCAACAGUAGCCACAAGACUGGUAAAACUGGUUCUGAACAGACUGACUACUGUACACUCAGUGAGCUCUCGAGGGAUCAUAGCACAAUGACUGAUGUGUUAUUUGGAAGAAGUCUAAGGCUGAAAGUGGCUUUAACGCUGUGGCAGAGAAAUGUUGGAGAGCUGUUGACGUACUUUCUGAGGAUCCAAGACACCGGGGUGUUUGUUGAUUUUCUCCCCCUAAUAAGCAACUGCAUUGACGAGGAUUCUCCCAGGAUAACAAUCGGCUGCUGUGUCGACCUCUUUCCUUUAGUUAAGAAAGUCCUCAGCAGUCCAUAUGAAGAGUAUCUUAUUGUUGGUUUAAAGUGGAUACAUUCGAUUUUGAAAACCUGGUGGAAGGAACUGAGAGCAAGUAGCUGCAGUGAAUCCUCUAAACCGCCGUUGGAUAAAAAUUUCCAAGUUUUCAACCAGCAGCUGUUGGAGUUUUGGCACCAGGAACCUUACUUGAAAUCCGUUCCAGGAGCUGCAGGAGACAUAGCAAAGAUUGUCGACUCCUUCCUGUCUCAACUGACUUCACAGCGCUAAUGAUCAAGACAACAGCAACAUUUUGUAUUUUAUUUGUUUUUAGUGCUUUUAUUUGCUUUGUUCUGGAUGUAUAGCACUUUGGUUCAAUCGGUGGUUGUUAAAAGUGCUAUAUAAAUAAAGCUGGAUUGGAUUGGA